CGAUUUCAACUUCAACUUUAAGUAUUAUGCAACAGCGUCCGAAGGCGGAUGCAAGACGCAAGGAUGUGGCACCGGCAAAGCCACCGCGUUUGAAGGCCAACGCAAGCGAAGUUGCCACAAAAAAGCAGCUGCAAUUUGUGAGUCCAUUGCCACGACGGUCACGUGUGCCUCAAGCAACGGCUGCGACAAUGACAAUGAGCAAGACGACGACGACGACAACAUUGAGAGCAACAACGAUGCGGAAAACUCGAACUGCAAAGAUGUCGCCGCCAGACAACAGCAGCAGCAAUAUUCGAGAUGCUAACAACUGCGUGGCAACUGCAGCGGCAGCAACUGCAACUGCCACAACGAGUGCUGCAAUAAAAACUCGUCUCGCCGAGGGCUGCAGCAGUUUAAUGUAUGCGUGUCAGCAUGGCGACAUUGUCCAAGUGCUCGCCCAGAUACGCGGCAAGCCCCAAUUGCUGCGGCAACGUGACCGUAGCAACCGCAACGCGCUGCAUUAUUGUGCGGCGCAGGACUUGGAGCAGACGCGCGACCUCGUGGCGGCGGCAAGCAUUGCGAUAGCAGCUCCCGAGCUGCUCGAGUCGGCCGAUGAGGAUGGCUUCACGCCGCUUCACUUGGCUGUUAUUCAGGGCAACUUGGCGAUGGUCAAUUUGCUGCUAGCGAACAAAGCCGAUGUGAAUGCGGUGGACAAUGAAGGUCACUCCGUGGUGCACUGGGCAACGGUGUGUGGCGAAAUUGAGGCAUUGCGGGCUGUGCUGGCAGCUGGUGCCAGUGUGGCCAAGCCCGAUGUGAAUGGCGGCACGCCGCUUCACUAUGCGGCACAAAUGUGCGGCGCCAGCUACGACAGCAAACUGCAGUCGAACUCCAAUUCCAGCAAGCUGGCGCUCGAAAUUCUUGGCAUACUCUUGUCCCAUCCACAGACCAGUGUCGAUGUCCAGGACAAGGAUGGCAGACAGCCUCUGCUCUGGGCUGCCUCCGCUGGCUCAGCCAAGGCGGUUAUUGCAUUGGUGAAAGCAGGCGCUCGCGUGGAGAGUUGCGAUAAAGAUGGCUUGACUGCUCUGCACUGCGCUGCCUCUCGUGGCCAUACCGAGUGCAUUGACACGCUGAUCAGCUUGUGCGGAGCUCCAACUGAUCUCAUCGACUCGAAUGGCUGCACAGCUUUGCAUUAUGCUGUUACCUUGGGUCAUGCAGAUGCCACAGCGCGUUUGCUUGACUUGGAGGCGGAUCCCAAUCGUCAGGAUCGAAAAGGACGCACGCCAGCGCAUUGCGGUUGCUCGAAGGGACAAUUUGAGACGCUGAAGCUGCUGAAAGAACGCGGUGCGAAUUUGUGGCUGCGCAAUGCCAAAGGCGAUCUUCCGCUGCAUGAGGCAGCUGCCUCGGGGCGUCGCGAGUUGCUCGAGUGGCUGCUGGUGCAGCGACCCAAGCAGGUGAACACCACCAGCAACGAUGGACGCAGUUUGCUUCACAUUUCGGCGGCCAACGAUUACACAGACAUGUGCAAGUUGUUGCUUGACUAUGGCGGCGAUGUGAAUGCUUUAUACAGGAAUUCGCGUGGCAUUGUUUUGACUCCCUUGGAUUGUGCCUUGCAGCGUGGUCAUCGCUCCACGGCCAAGUUUCUGCAGUCGCAUGGCGGGCAGCCAUCGAGCAAAUUACGUUUGGCUGCACGACGUGGGAAUCCGUUUCAUGAGGGAGCUGCGGCUGAUCCUGUGCGUCCCUUAAAGUACGUGGAGAAGGAGGAAGUCCACGAUCUACGCAGCUCCAAGAAGUAUGUUGUGUACCUCAAGCGCACAGACUCCGAUGGUAACGCAGAGCAGGCUGAAGAGGAGGGCGAGGGAGAUGAUUGCAGCUGCACGGAGCAAUCGUAUCGCAAGGAGCAGCGACUUCAGCACAUUUGCCGACGUCACAAGCGUCGACAGCUGCGACGACGCACCAACAGCUGUGGCGAGAACAAGCACGAAAAGUGCAGCGACAUUUGUCGCUCCAAGAGCAACAUUGAGAUCAGGCGACGCAAGUCCAGAGAGCGCUAUGCGAGCACAAGUGAUUGUGAGAACGAUGAGGAUGAAGAUGAGGAGGAAGAUUCCUGCGAGAACUGUUGCUAUCACAAGCGGCAGAAGCAGCGCGUGGUGCAACGCAAGCGCACAGUUUCCACACGUCGUUGCAAGUCGGAUAAGUUGGGGGAUAGCGAAGGGGAGGAGCACAGCGAAGGGGAAAAGCAGGACAAGAAGACAUCAGAAGAACCUAAGAAGGUGGAAAUAGUUAAGGAGCAGUCAAGUGAAGACAAAGAGCAGAUUGCAACUGCAACAAAAGCUGCAACCACACCAACAACCACAGCAGCAACUGCUCCAGCAACCUCAGCUGCAACUCCAACUCCAGCUGCAAGCGAAGCCACAACUCCUGCAGCAACUCCAGCAGCAGCUCCUUCAGCAACUGUCAAGGAAGGCACCUUUAUCAAAUCGCCGCCGCAAAGCGCCAAAAGCGAGAAGCCAGCUGAACCAGCUCCCGAAAGUCUAAAGGUAGCAGAGACCAAUGCUGUGGAGUUAACCGAUGAGGAACAGGAGGCAGCCAAGUCUGUGGUUACCCAAGUCGAUGUGCAUCAUGAUGCUGCAGAAGAAUCUCCAGAUGCAAAGCAAGAGCUGAGUGAAGAAGAUACCAAAUUGGUGUCCAAUGAAGUCGAACAGAUGAUCAAAAUUGCUGCCACAGCGUUGAGCAGCGAGUCCAAGAGCUCCACCGAUGAUGCUUCAGUCAAGGAGCAACCCGAGCCAGCUAAAGAGCCUCCUGCCAGUGAAGAGCCAGCUAAACCUGAAGUUGUUGCUGCUGAAACAGUUGUUGCUCAGCAGCAGCAACCAACUGAGAAGCAGCUGCCCGUUGAGGCUGAAAAACCAGAGCAGCUGCCAGCUGAGCCCAAAGUGAGUGAGUCGAAAGCUGCCCCAACACCGAAAACGACGCCGACGACGUCGACCUCGAACCCAACGCCAUCGAAACCGCAGACUGAGCCCAAAAAUCCACAGCAAAAGCCGCCAGCCGCACAGCCCCAACCACAGCAGCAGCAGCAGCAGCCACAGCCACAGCCUGUGACUCAGCCACAGCAACAGCAACAACAGCAACAACAGCAGCAGCAACUUCCUAAGUCUCAGCCUCAGCCUCCGCAGCAACCACAACGCGAACAGGAAUCUAGACGCUCCUUUACGCUGCUGCCCUCGGAUUCGGCUGAUGAUGAACCCUCAGCAACUGUUGCCCCCUCAGCAACAACCAACAAUAAUAACGCCAACGAACCGGAGCGUAAAUCCAGCUUCACGGUACUCAAGAGCGAUGAAUCGAUGGGCGAGUUGGAGGAUUCGCCGCGUCCCAAAGAGCUGGACUUUGCCAGCAACAGUCAAGUGUUUCAAGUGAUGCACGAUGGCAACGGCAGCACGAAGCUGCCCAGUGCCUCGGAGUUGGAUAAAGGAGAGUACGAUUACGAGGAGUACGACGAGGGCGAUGACGAUGACGGUGGCAUUGACCCAGAGCAUGACAGCGCUUUGCGUCGCUUCCUCAGCAGCGGCAAUCGUCAUGGAGUGGCAGGAGAUGCUGGAGAAAUCGCUGUGACCAGCGAUGUGACUGGCUAUGAUGGACUCUCGAAUGGAAGGAAGCGACGGCUGAAGAAACGCGUGCGCAGCGGCGCCAAGACGCGCAGCAAUUGGAAGCAUGCGCAGGAGUCGCGGGACAGCAGCAAUGCCGCCGGCUUGGCCACCACAAGCAAGGAUCAAGACUCUGGAUUCGAGCCAAGUCCGCGUGCCGAACGCACCAAGAUUCCCACGCCGCGGAGUUCGCACACAGCGAUGCCGCGUCGUCCCAUUUAUGCCACACUCGAUGGCAGGUCGUGCAGCAGUCGGCUGGAGAAUCGCAAGCCGGGGGACAAAGGAGCUUGUGAUAUGGGCGCCGUGACACGUUCCAUACAGCGCAAUAUACGCAGAUACUACAUGGAGCGCAAGAUCUUUCAGCAUCUGUUGGAACUCAAGUCGCUGCAGAUACGCUCAAACAAACUGAACGAAUCGGUGCUGGUGAAGCGAGCAGUUGACGACUAUCACAAAUCGUGUGUGUUGCUCGGCGGUGAAACUGGCACAAGGCUGAGGCGAUACAAUUUCAGCGAGUAUACGUUCAAGAACUUUGAGUUGUUUCUCUACGAGACGCUCAAGGGACUGCAGAAGCCGGGCACGAACAACUUUCAGAACAUCAACGAGGUCUACGAGGAGGCCGAGCGACGUCUUAGCCCCGACUACAAUGCGUAUGAGAAGGCGCUGCAAUGCACGACGAAGACGCAUCGCUGUCUUCAUGCAGCUCACGCCUACACCGGGAUUCCGUGUGCCGCGUAUAUUCCCAUGAUGAAUCACCACACGAUGCCCAAGUUUGGAUUUGGACCAUAUAAAAAAGCCGGCAGCGUCAGCAGUUUUUAUCUGCCAAAAAUACUGACCAGCGGACGCGCCUCAAGCGGACGCGCAGGAGGUGGAAGCGGAGGCGGAGGCGGCGUUGGAGUUGACAUUGGCGUGGGCUUUGGGGGGCUGGGGGCCGGGGGGAAAUGCAGCCACAAAGUUGCACUGGAGCUGUCACACGGAAAGAGUAAACAACUAAUUUCACUGCCAGCGGAUAAGUUGGACAGCAAUAAACGUUACUAUGUGACGUUCACAGUUAAGGAUUCGCCGGGCCAGUCUGCAGUCAGCGAGGCGCAUAAACAAAGUCAGCAACAGCAACAACAGCAAUUGCAGCGGCAAUCGAGUUGUGCUGGUGGCGAUGCGAGCGGCAAGUAGCACGUUGCGUAUACGUAAUGUGGCUUUACUUUUGCUGUGGCCCUGUGGUUAGCCCAUUGCAAUAUUACCCAUACGCAGUGUGUGCCCAACAGCAGCAGCAGCAUCAUCAUCAUCAUCGUCAUCGUCGUCGUUGCGCCAAAUGCAUUAAAACAAUGCGACAUUUUGUUCUUUUGCUGUGCUUUUUAUGCGACCGCCCGCUGUCCAACUGCGCGCUUUUGUUGCUGCCUCUGCUGCUUUUUGGUCCUGCUUCCUGUGUUGUUUUUGCUGCACUUUAAGAUGGCCAACUGCUGAUAAUGGAUGAUGGCGCUGCGCUGCGGCUGUCAGUUGAAGUUGUCACGCCAGCAGCGUCAGCAGCGGCAACAGCAGCUUGAAUUACUUAUGUAGAACCUC